AUGGUGGUUGUGAGAGAAUUUGAUGCUAAAAAGGAUCAGAGAGCAGCAGAAGAAGUAGAGAGAAACUGUGAGAUUGGCCCAAGUGGCAAAAUCUCCCUCUUCACUGAUCUCUUGGGUGAUCCUAUUUGCAGGGUCCGCCACUCCCCUGCCUAUCUCAUGCUGGUGGCGGAAAUGGUGGUGAGCAAAAGUCAAGAAAAUGAAAGGACAGAAAUUGUAGGAAUGAUAAGGGGUUGCAUCAAAACCGUUACUUGUGGCAAAAAGCUAUCCAGAAACGGCAAAAACUUGAUGCCCCUCCCUGUCUACACCAAACUUGCCUAUAUCUUAGGCCUACGUGUGGCUCCUCCUUAUAGGAGAAUCGGAAUUGGUUUGAAAUUGGUGAAUACUAUGGAGGAGUGGUUCAGAGCUAAUGGUGCUGAGUAUUCGUACAUAGCCACUGAAAAGGACAACCAGCCAUCUGUUAAGCUCUUCACUGAAAAAUGUGGCUAUUCCAAGUUUCGUACCCCGUCCAUCUUGGUCCAGCCUGUUUUCGAGCACAAAGUCCGAGUCACUAGGCGAGUCUCGAUCAUCAAACUCAGUCCAUCCGAUGCUGGAACUCUUUAUAGGUUCUGUUUCUCCACCACCGAGUUCUUCCCACGCGACAUUGACUCGGUUUUAUACAAUAAACUCAAUCUGGGCACUUUUCUUGCUGUGCCGAAUUGGUGGUGUGAUAGCGAGUCAUGGCCGGGUAUUGAAAAAUUCUUGGCGACUCAACCCGAGUCAUGGGCUGUACUCAGCGUAUGGAACUGCAAGGACGUUUUCAAACUCGAGCUACAAGGAGCGUCGUGGGCAUGCAAAGUUUUUGCUAAGACGACUCGGUUAGUGGACCGGGCUUUACCAUGGCUAAAACUGCCAUCAGUGCCUGAGGUUUUCAGGCCAUUUGGGCUUCAUUUCUUGUAUGGGCUUUACGGGCAAGGACCAUAUGCGGCGAAGUUCGUGAAAGCCCUAUGUCGAUUUGCGCACAACCUAGGUAAAGAGUGCGGGUGUGGUGUGGUGGCAACAGAAGUGGCAAGUUGCGAACCACUCAGGUUAGGAAUUCCAUAUUGGAAGAAGCUAUCGUGCACGGAAGAUCUUUGGUGUAUCAAACGGUUAGGGGAAGACUACGGUGACGGCUCUAUUGGUGAUUGGACAAAGUCGCGACCCGGUCUUUCAAUUUUUGUUGAUCCCAGAGAGUUCUAG